GCUUCUUUCCGAAGACUGAAGUGAUUGUGUUUGUAUUCCUUCAACCGAAUAUAAAAUAUAUUUAUGAAUAUUAAUGAAAUACCUAUAAACUCAUAAUGGUGCAACUAAAGCAAGUGGUCAUUCGUCUGAAAUCUAUUAACAAUAUUCAGAAAAUCACCAAAACUAUGAAGAUGGUGUCCGCCAGCAAGUUCACACGAGCAGAGCGCGAGCUGGCGGCCGCAGUACCAUUCGGCUACGCCCCCCGCAAGUUCUACCAAUCCACCCACCUGGUCCUCGGCCCAGUGGACGAAGGAGAUUCCAAGGAGAAGUUCAAGCUGAAGGAUGCAGAGCAAACCCCAGCGGUUGCGGCACCUCCACCAGUGGAGAAGACCCCGGAAGAGAUUGAGAAGGAAGCCAAGAUGAGGAGGCUCUAUGUUGCUGUCACUUCAGAUAGAGGGCUGUGCGGUGGCGUUCACAGCGGCGUGGCGCGGCGGAUCAGGCGCGACCUGACGGCUCGCGGCGCGGACCGGCCCGGGCAGAGGCUCGUGUGCAUCGGCGACAAGUCGCGCGGCAUGCUGCGGAGGACCUUCUCGCACCAGAUGCUGGUCAGCGUCAAGGAUAUCGGUCGCACAGCGCCGGUGUUCGCCGACGCGUCCACCGUGGCCGCCGCCAUCGCCGAGGCGCAGUUCACGUACGACAUCGGAGACAUCUACUACAACAAGUACCACUCGCCGGUCAAGUACGAGCUGUCCACCGUGCCCUUCUUCAAUAAGGACAAGAUUGAGGUGGCGCCCAACAUCCUGAUGUUCGAUGACCUAGACCCGGACAGCAUCGAGAGCUACGCGGAGUGGACGGUGGCUGCCCUACUGUACUACGCCAUGAAGCAGAGUGCCGCCUCGGAGCAGUCGGCCAGGAUGGCUGCCAUGGACAACGCUACUAAGAAUGCCAAUGAUAUGAUCAAGAAACUGACGCUCCUGUACAACCGCACCCGACAGGCCGUCAUCACCAGGGAGCUCAUCGAGAUUAUAUCUGGAGCCGCCGCCCUCAAGUGAAAAAGCCUCGACCUUUUAAGUUGUAUCGUAUAAU